AUGGUUAAGCUGUCAGGCCAGAGCCGAUGGCCUGGCUCGAAGCCUGGCUCCGUCACCGGGGGCAGCCUGGGCCCUAGGCCAGCUAAGCCCGGGUCGCCCAGCCCGUGGCUCUACCCAUCAGAGGCAGCGGAUGCCAACCCCAUCUCCUGGGGUCGUUGCAACGCGUCUCCCGGUGAGACCCCAGACCUCCAGGAAAGUGAGGAAUCCACUGUGAGAGGCCGAGGGGGGCAGAGAGCUUGGGGGCCACGGGCCCCGUCAGACGGCUUCGAAGGGGCGGGCGGGGACCUCAGCCUCCCUGGCCGAACGGCCCUGCCUGACCCCGCCAGGACCACCCCACACGCCCUCCUGGGCCUCCUGGACCGGCCCAGCAGGUCUCUCCAGCUGCCCGCCAUCUCCGCCAGGCCCCCGCGCCCCCCGACCCACUUCAGCCACAGGCGUGCUUCCCACACCUCCCGCCAUCUGGGCUGCGUCAAGCCCGACCCUCUGAGCAGGGAUGACAGUUUCCAGGGGAACUGCUGCUCUUUGGCAGCUGGAGGCCCUGGUGGUCUCACCUCUGAGCUGCUCCUAGAAGUGAAGAUCCCACGGCCAGGCCUGGCUUGUCUCCACCAGCCGAGCCCGUCUGGAGAGGGCGGGGACCCCGGGCCGGCCCCACUGCUCACAGCCUCCUCCCUGAGGCCUCCGAGCCCGCCCCUGGCCCCGCUGCGGGCCUCACGCCUCAGCCUGACCCCACCACACGCACCCCGAGUGAGCACCAUGGCGAGCCGGCGCCGGCCAGGGCCCACCCGAGGGGAUGGAGGACACCCGGGCCUGGCACCACUGAGGGACCACGAAGGGAGUGGCCAUGAGUGGCGGGCACAGGGCCCGUCCGCGACUGCCUGGCGGCACUCGGCCACGGCAGCCCACACUGCAGAGGCAGCCGGGAUGGCAGAGGGUAGCCGCCUGCACUGGGGACCACACUGCCAGCAGCUCCUGCCCAGCAGAGCGCCCGUCACCGCACUGCUGCCCCCACGCCUGGACGGGCCCUGGAUCUCCACUGGCUGCGAGGUGCGCCCGGGACCCGAGUUCCUCACCCGCUCCUACACCUUCUAUCCCAACCGCCUCUUCCGCGCCUACCAGUUCUACUACAGGGACCCCUCGUGCCGGGAGCCCGCCCACUCACUGCUCAUCAAGGGCAAGGUGCGCCUGCGCCGGGCCUCCUGGGUCACCCGGGGCGCCACCGAGGCCGACUACCACCUGCACAAGGUGGGCGUCGUCUUCCACAGCCGCCGCGCCCUGCUCGACGUGGCCGGGCGCCUGGACCAGAGCCGGGCCGGCCAGGCCUGCGCGCGCCGCCUGCCCGCCGCCCAGGCCUGGCUGCCGGGGGCCCUGUACGAGCUUCUGGGCGCCGGGGCUGAGCGGGACUGCGCGGCCGCCCUGGGCUUCACCAUGCACGAGCUCAGCCUGGUCCGCGUGCAGCGCCGCCUGCAGCCCGAGCCCCAGGACGCGCCCCGGCUGGUGGAGGAGCUCUACCUGGGGGACAUCCACACCGACCGGGCCGAGCGGUGGCACUACCGGCCCACCGGCUACCAGCGCCCGCUGCAGAGCGCCCUGCACCACGCCCGCCCCUGCCCGGCUUGCAGCCUCAUCGCCCGCUCCGACGAGCACCACCCGCCCGUGCUGCCCCGCCGGGCGGCCCUGCCCCUGCGUCUGGGCGGCCGCUGGGUCAGCCCUGGGUGCGAGGUGCGCCCUGCCGUGCUCUUCCUCACCAGGUUCUUCACCUUCCACGGGCACAACCGCUCCUGGGAAGGGUAUUACCGCCACUUCUCGGACCCCACCUGCCGGCAGCCCACCUUCACCGUUUACGCAGCCGGCCGCUACACCAAGGGCACGCCGUCUGCCAAGGUUCGUGGCGGCACCGAGCUGGUGUUCCAGGUCACGCGAGCCCGCGUCACCCCCAUGGACCGGGUCACCACGGCCAUGCUCAACUUCUCCGAGCCGAGCAGCUGUGGCGGCCCGGGGGCCUGGUACCUGGGAGCCGAGCGGGAUGUCACAGCCACCAACGGGUGCCUGCCGCUGGGCAUCAGGCUCCCCCACGUGGAGUACGAGCUCUUCAAGAUGGAGGAGGGCCCCCUCGGGCAAAGCCUGCUCUUCAUCGGACAAAGGCCCACUGACGGCUCCAGUCCCGACACCCCGGAGAAGAGGCCCACAUCCUACCAAGCACCCCUGGUGCUCUGUGACAGGGUGGCCUGGGGCUUCUCCAGGUCUCCGCAGCACAGGCCUCUGCUGCAGACGCCCGUCAGCGGUGGGGGGCUGGGUCCCCCAGCGGCCCCUCUCCCCUUACUGCUUCUGGUUCUCGGGCUGGCCUUCUUCCAGUGGCUAUGA